GGCGGCGGCGGGAGGAUCGCGCCCGGGCCACAGGCCGGGCCUGCUGCGCGCCCCCAGCCCGAUCGGCACCGCCACUUGCCUGAGCGCCCGGGCGGCCCGAGCGUGCCCCGAGCCCGGGCGCCGCCGCCGCCGCCACCUCCGGGAGGUGUCUGUGGUGUGGCAGCGUGGGAGCAGAUGACGAGGACUGGUGUUUAGUCCUUGCUGCUGAUUGAGAGUUCAUCGGGGCCUCCAGUCCCCACCCCUGGAUCCCCGUCGCCAUGUCAGGGUCCACACAGCCUGUGGCACAGACGUGGAGGGCCACGGAGCCCCGCUACCCACCCCACGGCAUCUCCUACCCGGUGCAGAUCGCCCGGCCCCACACGGAUGUCGGGCUGCUGGAGUACCAGCACCGCCCGCGGGACUACGCCUCGCACCUGUCGCCCGGCUCCAUCAUCCAGCCCCAGAGGAGGAGGCCCUCCCUGCUGUCCGAGUUCCAGCCCGGGAAUGAACGGUCCCAGGAGCUCCACCUGCGGCCCGAGCCGCACACGUACCUGCCCGAGCUGGGCAAGUCGGAGCUGGAGUUCAUGGAGAGCAAGCGCCCGCGCCUGGAGCUGCUGCCCGAGCCCCUGCUGAGGCCCUCGGCCCUGCUGGCCACAGGCCAGCCCGGAGCCUCUGACGACCUCACCAAGGACCGCAGCCUGACGGGCAAGCUGGAGCCCGUGUCUCCGCCCAGCCCUCCCCAUGCUGACCCCGAGCUGGAGCUGGUCCCUCCACGGCUGUCCAAGGAGGAGCUGAUCCAGAACAUGGACCGCGUGGACCGCGAGAUCACCAUGGUGGAGCAGCAGAUCUCGAAGCUGAAGAAGAAGCAGCAACAGCUGGAGGAGGAGGCCGCCAAGCCGGCCGAGCCGGAGAAGCCCGUGUCGCCGCCGCCCAGCGAGGCCAAGCACCGGAGCCUCGUGCAGAUCAUCUACGACGAGAACCGGAAGAAGGCUGAGGCUGCGCACCGAAUUCUGGAAGGCCUGGGGCCCCAGGUGGAGCUGCCACUGUACAACCAGCCCUCCGACACCCGGCAGUACCAUGAGAACAUCAAAAUAAACCAGGCCAUGCGGAAGAAGCUAAUCCUGUACUUCAAAAGGAGGAACCACGCGCGGAAGCAAUGG